AUGAUACCUAACAAUGUUCUCGUUCUUGGGCCGCCAAAAACAGGAAAGGUUCGGUUAGCUCAACAUAUUACAAAAGAUUUGGAUACGAGUACAAUUCCAGAUAACUCGCAUUCGGGCCUAAUAUACAACUGUGAUCUCAAGACGAAGUACUUCUCCACACAGUUAAACCUUCUAUUAGAGGAAUUUCCGGAAGAAAGGCCUCAUAAAAGUGAAGAGUGUCUUGAGAGCCUUACCGAAUGGAAUGAAGCCUUCAAAUCAGACGAAUACCAAGAGCUCAGAGAGGCCCUAGACGGUAUCAUAUUCACCAUAGAUCCGGAAUGCGUUUCUACUGACGAGUGGGCAGAGCUUUUAAAUAUCUAUUCCCAAGUCCGUGAUGGUCUAGAUACCAGCUGCUUCGCAGUGGUAAUGGCUGCAAAAGCAGAAAAGAAAGAUGAGGUGAAACUUGAACAAUUCGAGGACGAAUGUAUCCAGUAUGGAAUUGAGUUUGUCUACGAAGGUGAAUCAGGAAUCAAUGAAUUCAAGGAGAAGCUAGGAAAGGAUAGGGUGCUUGAAAUUCUUGAAACACACGAAUGGUCUAACAUUUCCUCUUCAGAGCCAGAGGAAUACGUCAAACACAAGGAAAGUAAAAUAGAUGACAUGACGCGAGGACUUCUCGAGUCCGAAGGUGACGAAAGUAUGCCAUUGGACCAGCUCAUGGAUAAACUACGGUUAGAAAGGUCAAAGGUUGAGGGAAUGGCACCAGAGGAAAAAGAGAGUUACGUGAAACAGGUUAUGGAAGAACUUAUAGAUUACAUAUAA